GCCGGAAGGCUGCCUGUGAUCAUCCACGGCUUUUGCUGGAACUCUCUCCUCCUCCUCCUCCUCCUCCUCCUUCUCACCCCCCUGUUUCCUCAACUCACCCUAAUGUGAAAUCAAAUUCUGAGCAUUUUUAACAAAGUUUCUUGGGAUUUGGAGAGGUGGACUGGACUCAAAAUUCUUCCAGGACCUUGGAUGUUCAUCUCCUACCCAAAACAAUCCAAAUGAGGAAACUGAGGCUCAAAGAAGAUGAGUAGCCUCUUCAUGGGCAGGGGAGAAGCAGCAGGGCCCAAGUUGGAGGGAGGUAGAGAACAUCUUGGGAAGAAGGAAAGAAGAAAAGAAGACUUAGUGAUAUCAACUCAAAGUGAGCAUUGCUUCUCUUGGACUUAGUCUGGAAAUUUCCUCAGGAUGAAACUUCAGACAUUUCGGGUUUUUAUUUGAAGACCACCAUGAUGAAAGUGCAUUCUCAAAUUGAAAAGUUUGAAUGGGAACAAAAAUGAAUCUUAUUGAACACUCCCAUAUACCAGCCAUGGAUGAAUUUUCUCUUUCUGAAAAUUUAUUUGGUAUGCUAACAGAACAAGCAGCAGGUCCACUGGGACAGAAUCUAGAUGUGGAGCCAUAUUCACAGUACAACAAUGUUCAGUUUCCCCAAGUUCAACCACAGAUUUCCUCAUCAUCCUAUUAUUCCAACCUGGGUGUCUACCCCCAGCAGCCUGAAGAGUGGUAUUCUCCUGGAAUAUAUGAACUCAGACGAAUGCCAGCUGAGACUCUGUACCAGGGAGAGACUGAGAUGGCAGAGAUGCCUGUAACAAAGAAGCCCCGAAUGGGUACAUCCGCAGGGAGAAUUAAAGGGGAUGAGCUGUGUGUUGUUUGUGGAGACAGAGCAUCUGGAUACCAUUACAAUGCACUGACCUGUGAGGGGUGCAAAGGUUUCUUCAGGAGAAGCAUUACCAAAAAUGCUGUGUACAAGUGUAAAAAUGGGGGCAACUGUGUGAUGGAUAUGUACAUGCGAAGGAAGUGCCAGGAGUGUCGGCUAAGGAAGUGCAAAGAGAUGGGAAUGUUGGCUGAAUGUAUGUAUACAGGCUUGUUAACUGAAAUUCAGUGUAAAUCUAAACGACUGAGAAAAAAUGUGAAGCAGUAUGCAGAUCAGACCAUUAAUGAGGACAGCGAAGGACGGGACUUGCGACAAGUGACCUCAACGACUAAGUCAUGCAGGGAGAAAAAUGAACUCACCCCAGAUCAACAGAAUCUUCUACAUUAUAUUAUGGAUUCAUAUAGCAAACAGAGGAUGCCUCAGGAAAUCACAAAUAAAAUUUUAAAGGAAGAAUUCAGUGCAGAAGAAAAUUUUCUCAUUUUAACAGAAAUGGCUACCACUCAUGUACAGAUUCUUGUAGAAUUCACAAAAAAACUUCCAGGAUUUCAGACUUUGGACCAUGAAGACCAAAUUGCUUUGCUAAAAGGGUCUGCGGUUGAAGCUAUGUUCCUCCGGUCAGCUGAGAUUUUCAAUAAGAAACUGCCAGCUGGACAUGCUGACCUAUUGGAAGAAAGAAUUCGAAAGAGUGGUAUCUCUGAUGACUAUAUCACACCUAUGUUUAGUUUUUAUAAAAGUAUUGGGGAAUUGAAAAUGACUCAAGAAGAGUAUGCUCUGCUUACAGCAAUUGUUAUCCUCUCUCCAGAUAGACAAUACAUAAAGGAUAGAGAGGCAGUGGAGAAACUUCAGGAACCACUGCUCGAUGUGUUACAAAAACUGUGCAAGAUUCAUCAGCCUGAAAAUCCUCAGCAUUUUGCUUGUCUUCUGGGUCGCCUGACGGAAUUGCGGACAUUCAACCAUCACCACGCUGAGAUGCUGAUGUCAUGGAGAGUAAACGAUCACAAGUUCACCCCACUGCUCUGUGAAAUCUGGGAUGUGCAGUGUUGAGCUCCUUUCUACCCUUGUAAUAUAAAUCUGAUGUAUGACUUUCCUUUAUUUCAUUUGUACCUGGUUUCACUCAAGAAUCUUGAUGAAUAUUUAUGCAGUAAUUAUAUAACUUCCACAGCUGUAAAUAUGGGGUUAGAUAGAAUUACUUCUCUAUAUUAUAUUUUACAAGGCUCCAGGGAAUCCUACUUUCUAAUUGGCAUGCCCUGUUGCCUAAUUAAAUUGAUUGUCACUUCUAUUCUGUCUGUUGAACUGGGGGAAACCCCAUUUUGCUCUUUCUCUUACCCUAUUGCUUAUAUUUUGUUAAAGAGUUGUGUUCAAUUUUAGCAAUAAACUGAGCAUAAUGGCAAAA